CAACGCUUGUCCGCCUCCGCCCGCCAUCGAAAUCGCAGCUGCAAAAAUCGCGUCCAUCUCAUCCCAAUCUCAUCUCACUCCCCAUCACUACUAUUUCCCGGGAAAAAAUCCACGCGAAAAUCCCCUCACCCGCCACGGCGCCACCCCACCCCACCCCACCCCACCCCACGGCCUCUCUUCUUUCUCGAGAGCGAAGUGCAGUGUACAGUGAGAGAACACUUAAAACGGGACAGUGGCGCAGCCACCCGGUGUACGAGCACUUGCUCCGACUUGUGUGUGCUCAUGCCGUGCUGCGGUGGCCGUGCUGCUGCUACGGACCUGCCUCAUAAAAGCUCUCCUGCUUGCAGCUUGCACGGAGGCGGGGGUAGAAGACGACUUCGCAAGGCAUCUCUGCUCGAGCGGAGCAGUACUCCGUUCAGGAGACGAGGCGUUCUCCUCCGGGUCCUAGAAAUCCUGCCGAGAUGGACGGCAAUGCGAGGUCGUCGGCGGCGAAUCAGAAGAAGCCCAUCGUCGCGGACGACGACCUCAUCGAGCUGCUGUGGCACAACGGGAGCGUCGUCGCGCAGCCCCAGGCGCACCACAGGCCGGCGCCGGCGCCGGCGCCGCCGCCCUCCGACCGCGACCGCCCGGCUGGCGCCAGCGGCCUCACCGGCGAGGAGACCGCCGCGUGGUUCCCGGACACCCUCGACGACGCCCUCGAGAAGGACCUGUACACGCAUCUCUGGUACAGCACCAUCGCCGACGCCGCCCCGCAACACGAGGGCACGCUCCUGGCUACCCCGCAGCCGUCGCCGCCGCCGCCGCUGCCGGUUGGGAGCAGCGGCGUCGAGUCGAGCUGGGCCGGCGACAUCUGCUCCACCUUCUGCGGCAGCAACCAGGUGCCCAGGACGCCGGCAGGGACCAGCAGGAAGGACGCUGCAUUGCAGUCGGCAGGGACCAGCGGUGCCGGCGGGCACGACGGCACAUCGUCGUCCGGUGGGUCUGGAAGCAACUAUGGGGGAUCCGGGCUGCCAAGUGACAGCGUCCAUGUCCACAAGAGGAAGGGGAGGUGUAGAGACGACUCAGAUAGUCCGAGUGAGGAUGCCGAGUGUGAGGAGGCAACUGAGGAGACCAAACCGUCGCGGCGACAUGGGCCGAAACGCCGGACUCGUGCAGCUGAAGUUCAUAAUCUCUCAGAGAGGAGAAGAAGGGACAGGAUCAAUGAAAAGAUGCGCGCGUUGCAAGAGCUGAUCCCGCACUGCAACAAGACUGACAAAGCGUCGAUAUUAGAUGAGACGAUUGAGUAUCUCAAGUCCCUCCAAAUGCAAGUUCAGAUCAUGUGGAUGACUUCUGGGAUGGCACCAAUGAUGUUUCCUGGUGCUCACCAAUUCAUGCCACCAAUGGCUCUAGGCAUGAAUUCAGGUUGCAUCCCUGCAGCGCAAGGCCUAAGUCAGAUGCCAAGAUUACCAUACAUGAACCACCCCCUGCCAAAUCAUAUCCCUCUGAACUCAUCUCCAGCUAUGAAUCCACUGAAUGCUGCGAACCAGAUGAUGCAAAACGGUCACCUCAGGGAGGCAAGUAAUCACUUCCUUCACCUAGAUGGGCGAACAGCGGUGGUACCUCAGGUACCAGGACCCCAUGUUUAUGGACAUCAAAUAGCACAAGCCGAAGAACCCAAUAGUAUACUGGAAGUGGCUGCUAGUACUGUUGUGCCAACUUCUAGGGCAGGGCAACCACCUAGUUUUGAUGGAGUUUAGAAUGAGGAAAAUCUCGUAAUUUGUUGCACUGAUAGACUGACGAUGCAUAGCAUAGGUACCUCGAGUUGUAUAUCUGUACAGAAGUGUCAGCGACAUAUUCUUUGACAUCUAAGCUUAGUUUUAGAGUAUUAUUAGGAGUCUAGUAUAGGUAACAAGACAACUGCCUGUCUACCACCAUAUUCUAUCUGUGGAAGAAUUCGAUCUGCAUACCACUGUGCAGUAUAUUGUUCAAGAGAGACUGGAAUGGAUGAGUAUUAUACGAAGUACAGCCUGUGAGUUUUAACGGGUGGAUCCCUUCCUUGAGAUUGAAUUGACAGUUUUGUACAUAUUAGGAAAGAGGUAGAUAACGUCAAGACCAGUUGGUUUAACCAUCCUUUUCUUGACACUUACAGGAUCAAGAAAAGGUCUUCUUCCUGGCAAUCACUGAAAAUACUGACAUGAUAAGGAGCAGGUGGCAUCUCUAUAGCUGCACUGUAGUAUAUCUAUAUCAUAUGGCAAUAUACUUGUCUGGACAUGAAUGCUACAAUCACAUGUAAAUGCAGAGUUGAAGGUAGAUAGCAACUUUUCUCCCCUGAGAUGCCAACUCUGACUCCUACUGUAUGUACAAAUGUACUGAUUUUAACAACAGUAUUCAAUCAGCUGUCAAUUCCUAGGAUGUCAUAAGGUAGUGUCGAAACAAUUUUCCUUGGAAUACUGUUAUACUAAAUCAAUGAGAUAUUUGCAGUUUGUUUUCUUUAAUUAGAAAAAAAGAAGUUUUGAAAUGUUUUUGUUAGCUGACCAAUCAGUCUUGUCUUUCUGCCUGCUCCUGUUUCUGGGGAACCAAAACUCACAACACUGAUCUUAUCUAUAUAGGUUGCUAACACCAUUUUCUGCUUGUGGAAAGGUUUGGUCUGCAGGAGAUGAGGUCGCCAGUCAGUCAGUCCAUGCACUUCACACGACGCGGACUGUGGACAUGCUCCACGGCAACGGUUCAGCAUCCUCCUGGCGAUCUUGUGGCUGGCAGCAGCUGCGAGAAUCUGUGUGGAGCCCUACUAUGCUUGUUGCAACUUGCAAGAUGCCAGGCUCUCAUCUUCAGAGUUCAGAUUGGAGGCCGAGGGUUCCCUCUCCAGACUUUUCCUAUGAUGUUACAGCAUUCAAGUGCAUGUUACACUCACGGCCCUAUCAGCACAUGCUACAGGCAGUCCGGUGUGAUGAUAGGAUCAGAUGCUCAUAUCUCCUGAGGUCUUCUGUCUACCACAUUUGGAUUGGAUUUGGAUCCCUCCUCUGUACUGUACUUCUCCUUGCUACCCUGUUGCUUUCGACUCAUGGUUAUUCUCCAUAUGCUUAUAUAUGUAUAUGGCUUGGCGCUUUGUCGUUGCCUCGUUGGAAUGUUGGGCUAUAUUACAAUCAGAGCUAUGGCUGUUUCUGGA